CCAAAAAUGGUCUUCCAUUUAGAGGUCACCGAGAAAAGUUUGAUUAUGAAACACCAAACCAAGGUCUUUUUAUUGAACUUGUUAAGUUAGUUUCAAAAUAUGAUGCUGUAUUAGCAAAACAUCUUGCAGUAUCAAAUAAAAAUGAAACCUAUUUAAGUCAUAUGAUUCAAAAUGACAUAAUUAAAUCUAUGGCACAUGAAACUGUUCAGUUAAUACUAUAUGAAAUAAAAUUGGCGAAAUAUUUUACUAUAAUCAUUGAUUCAACUAUAGAUAUAAAUAAGAAUGAUCAAUUUUCUCUGAGCUUAAGGUUUGUUGACCAAGAAGGAAAGAUAAGAGAGCAUUUCAUUUGUUUUGAAGAAUUACUAGGUGCCUCUGCUAAUAAUUAUUUUAAUAUUUUAAAUAAAUGUAUUGAAAAGUAUGAUUUGGAUUUUUCCAAGUGCCGUGGCCAGGCUUAUGAUGGAGCAAGUACAAUGUCUGGUCGAUUUAGUGGCUUACAAUCAAGAGUAAAAGAGUUAAAUCCUCUUGCAUUGUAUAUCCAUUGCUGCGCUCAUAAUUUAAAUUUGGUCUUAAUUGAUUCCAUUAGAUCUUCCGUUGUUGCAGUUUCAUUUUUUGGUACAUUAGAAACUUUAUAUACAUUUCUUACCAGCAGUUUACCUAGACUUCAUAUUUUAAAAGAGGAACAAGCAAAGCAAGUAGAUGGUGUAAUUUUAUCAUUAAAAAAAUUAUCUGAUACAAGAUGGGCUAGUCAUAAGCGAGCAGUAGAUUCAGUAAAGUAUUUUUUUGAAAAAAAAACUAAUGAGAAAUCAAUUAAUCAACUUAAAAAACUCUCUGAAACUUACAAAAUUGAUAUUGAUCAAGAUGAUCUCAUCUUAGAAUAUGAAUCAUUUACCUCUGUUUAUUAUCAUUUAAAUAAGGACUGUGAAGAUAUUUCUACAAAUGAUGUUUUGAAAUUUAUAAUAACUAACGAUAUGAUAUCAUCGUACCCAAAUUUAUCUACUUUAUAUAAAAUUUUUUAUACACUGCCUGUGAGUAGUGCUACGGCUGAAAGAAGUUUCAGUCGUCUCAAAUUAAUUAAGACGUUUCUUCGCUCUACUAUUGCUGAAGAAAAAUUGUCAAAUCUUGCAAUACUUAGUAUUGAAAAAUGUACAUCUGAAAAAAUUAAUUUCAAUAGAGUCAUUGAAACUUUUGCAGAGAUGAAAAAAAGAAGGAAACUAUUAUAA